AUGCGCACGUCCCUUCUCUGGCGGCGCCUCCUGACCGCCGCCGUCGCGUGUUCGCGUCUGUGCGCCAGCAGCAGCGCCGCCACAGCGCCAGUGGCGGCGCCGACGCUGCGCCGGCGGCUCGUGGACUCGUCGGACAGCUACAACUUUAUGUUUUACUUUGUGAUUGGCGCGAUGAUGCUCACGUGUCUCGUCUACAACCUCUUCUUUAAGCACAAACUCGAGUCGAGUUUCCUGCGGCAGCAGCAGGCGGCGCCCGAGGCGAUGCUGCGACAGGACGUGAUCGCCAGCGACCAGGACAUGAACAGUCUCUGGGAGUGCGACGUGUGCUCGUUCAAGAGCUACGACUCGCAAGUGACGUGCAUGCUGUGUGGUACGGACCGGUCGUUCAAGCUGCUGGACCACCGGCGCGCGCGGCACGGCGACGACCCGAGCGAGCACAGCAGCAGCGCGUCGUCCACGGGCGCGCUCGCGAGCGCCAAGUACGUGCUGUACAUGGAAGAGAAGGAGCACUCGCCGGCCCGCAGUGCAGGGGACAGCCGCUCGACGUCGUCACGAGCGGUCGUGCGGACGCACUCGUCGGUCAAGAAGGACAGGGAACGGUUCAAGCGGAGGCUCAGUGUGCUGAACUUGCGGCAGCAGUCAGCGCGACGGCGGCACGAGUGGACAAGAGAACGCAAUACGGACGGACAGCUCGUGUGGGUGCGGAAGAAACACUUUAUGGACCGCCAAGCGCUGAAAAGCCUGCGGACGCUGGAAGGACUGCGGAGCCAAUCGUCCACGUCGUUGCGCGACUCGAUCCUGUCGAAUGCGAGUGCGAACUCGCUCGGGAUUGUGUCGCGUGUGGUCGUGUCGCCCAAGAACCCGACGGGGAGGUUAUCGAUUGAGUCGGCCGAUGGCGCGCUAGCGACGCGCUGCAUGGACAACCCCGAGUUCUCGCAGGACGAGCUGGAACAAGUUCGGUCGCUGCCGUUCCAGCAGAAACACGCGUGGUUUGUGCAGCACACGGCAGCGAUGGAGGUGCCGUGGGAAUAUGGCCACUUGUUGCUUGAGAUUGAGCGUGACAACCUUCUUCAUAACUCUUGCGAGCAAUUGCUGUGGGCGACGCCCGAUCAGCUGCACCAGUCGCUCCGAAUUAAGUUUGCGAACGAGCCGGGCGUGGAUGCAGGUGGAUUGGUCCGCGAGUGGUUUACUUUGAUGACAAAAGAAGUCUUUGACGACUUGACCGGACUGUUCUUCAGAAGUCCCAAUGGUGACGGGUUGAGGAUCAACCCAGCAUCAGCUGAAGCGAGCGUUGAUCAUUUGAUGUAUUAUCAGGCAAUCGGCCGCUUCAUCGGUCGAGCGCUUUUCGAAGGCAUUCUGAUUGACGCACACCUGGCGCUCCCAGUAUGCAAGCACAUUCUCGGCAUCCCCAUCACCUUUUCCGAUCUAGAGUUCGUGGACAAUGAUUUACACAAGAACCUGAAGUGGCUACGAGAAAACACAGGCGUGGAAUCGCUGGCAUUGGACUUUACGGUCAACGUCGACCAAAUGUCCGACAAGACAAAGGUGGUGGAUCUGGUCCCAAAUGGGUCAACCAUCCCUGUCACAGAAGAGAACAAGAUGGAGUACAUCAACUUGCGGUUCAAGUGGAUUGUUGCGACCAGCACGUCGCUGCAGCUCGGUUCAUUGAUGCAAGGUCUUUUCUCUAUUAUCCCUAAGGAGCUGAUCUCCGUCUUCGACCACCAGGAGCUGGAGCUGUUGAUCUGCGGGAUUCCCGACAUUGACGUGCGGGACUGGAAAACUCACACUAUUUAUGUGGGGCAGCGCGACGAGCGAGUGAUUGCCUGGUUCUGGAGCAUUGUGAAGGAAUUCUCGAACGAGCAGAAGGCGCGUCUGCUGCAAUUCACGACAGGUUCAGCGCGAGUGCCCGUGCAAGGCUUCAAAGCACUGACUAUGAACGAUGGACGCAUUUGUCCGUUCGCGAUCCAGUGCGUCGCUGUCGACGAGUGCCUGUAUCCGAGGGCGCACACGUGUUUCAACCGCAUCGACUUACCACGAUACAGCACCGAGAAGGACUUGCGAACCGCGUUAUCGCUCGUGAUCCAAAUGGAAGUAACUGGGUUUACCAUCGAGUAA